CCAUAAUAUUUUACCAUUGCUCUAUUAGUCUUAGUUGUAGCAAAGGUACAACUGCUGAUUAUGAUGAACGAAAUUAUCAAUUAACUACAUGAAUAAAGAUUAUUAUACAGUGUAAUUAGGGCGCAACUGAAAUUACAUAAUUGCAACGGGAUUGGAGAUCGAUGAUAUUUAGAAUCUAGAGCCAAAAGAAAGGUUAGGCACAUAGCAUUAUACCUUUUUGUCGUUGCCGUACGUAGCAUGGUUUGUGCAGAUUAGGGUUGAGCUUGUAUAAAAAAAGCCUAUAUCCACGGCCAUGAAUUUAUAAGCUCUUCGAUCUCUCUCUCUUUUUCAUGGAUGGACAGCAAAGCAAGAUCCUCUCUAUCUUAGGGAACAACUAGCAUGGUAUAGGGCUCUAGCUAGCUACAAAAUGGGGGAAAUUUUGGUGCUACUAGUUUACCAUGCAUUUGUCUUUUUUGCCUUAGAACAGUUUAUCAUGCAUUGAUUGAUUUAAGUGUUCGAUAGAAAUUUUGACGAAGAAAUUAAAGGAGAUCAGGAGGUGGGAAAAGCCAUGUGUUCUACCUAUCUACUUUCUUUUGCUCUUUGUCGAGCAUGCUCGAUGGGUGUUAGGUAUGGGUUAGUGUCAAUGAAAUUUUGCCAAAUUCAUCUUUCUGAAGAUUUGAAUGGUUGAAAUAGCUUGAUUUUGUUGCAUAUGGUAAUAGAUUUCGUGUUCAAAUUUUUAACCCACUAUUCAUGAAAGAAGGGAGGGGAGGGAAGGGGAAAUUCAGAAGGAAUGGAAGUUUGCAGAGUAGUGAAAUAUAAUAAUGAGAGAAAAAUAGUGUUACAUAUUUGAAGGGGAAAAAAAAACACCAUAAGUAAAGGACAUUUGCUACAAUAAUUUUUUCAUCAAAUAAUCACUCACUUAUAUUGUAGCAGAACUCAUAAACAGGAGAAAAAUUAUUGAUUCCUAUAACUUUUAGACUAGAGAUGAGUAGCAGCUAGGGCUGGAGGUUCAAUUUUUUCGUUAUAUCGGUUGCCGGUUAACCGCGACGCAAACAAACCAUACCACCAACCGACCGGCCACCUUCCUCGGUUAUCCGACAACCGACCAGACGGUUACCGGUUAGUUGGUCGGUUAACCGAGGAAACCGCACAACCUAGACAGUUUGGCGGAGGAAAUGUGGCGAGGGAGUCUGUGGCUGGCGGCGGAGGAACAACGGGGGGACUGGUGCUGGUGGCGGGGGACUGUAUGGCUGACGGCGAGUCGGGAAGCUGGUCGGGGAGGAGAUGGCGGAGCAGCCGAGCAGGGGGCGCGGGUCGGCGAGGGAGAUUGCGGCGUCGCUCUGGUCGCGGUGUCGUCUAAAGUCACUGUUGCGGCCUGGGAAGGAGAGAGAAGAUGGUCGCCAUUCGCAAAUCGGUCGACGGGGGACUGUGUGGCUGCCUGGGGUUGGGGAAGGAAGGACGAAGUGGGCGUCGAUGGCUCGAUGCAGAGAAGGGAAGGCCAAUUGGCAAUUGGGGUUGGGGAAGGAAGGACGAAGUCGAAGGGCGGAAGAAGGGAAAUUAGGGUUUGGUCGUUGAAAGUCUGAAACGCGAAAGAGUGGGAGGGGCGGCGCCGUUUUGUGUCAAGGGGUUGGCUGUGUCAGUUAGCCGGCGAUUAGAUUCGUCGAUUAGCCGGUUAACCGCCACAUCCAAUAUGCCUACCGAACACCGCCCGCCUACAAUUUUUUCGAUUAGUCGGUUGACCGGUAACUGCCGAUUAUCGGUUUAACCAGUCGGUUAAUCAGCAACCGCUAACUGAACCUCCAGCCUUAGUAGCAGCCUGCAAAUUAAAAGGUGGAAGAGGUGGAAAAAAAGUAGUCAGAGUUCGCAAGAGCAAUCGAUUAUAAAAUGGUUUGAGUCAAAAGGGUAUAAUUAACCAGAACUAGAUUCAAUGGGAGUUAGAUUCAGUAGUUUGGCUGACAGCAUUGGUAGUACGACAAAAGGGUAUGACUCAAACCAAACUAAGAGCUAGCUAGCUCGAGUUGACUCAUUCCAAUUAGGCUCAUUUUCUUGUACAUUCAACAACGGGCAUGCAUAUGUGUUCUGAAUAUCACCGACAACCAAAAUAUAACAUGGACUUAUAUUUGAAAGUUUAAGGAGCAAAUCAAACUAUCAAUGCUCCUAAUUAACCAUGUAAAUCCACUUGGAGAGUUUGUUUCUCGGGAUAGAAAUAAGUAUAAAGUAUUAACUAUCUAGGGAAAGGAAGGGGAAUCAAGUUGCUCAUUUUGUAUUAAUUCAAUAUCAAGUAAUUAUCUUAUUUUUUCUAUAUAAUAACCAAAGUCGUAGAGCAUAGUGUAGCUAGGGCUGUCAAUUCGACUUUAGAUUUUUUGUUUAAAUCGAAAACAGAAUUGAUUAGGUGCUCUUAGUUAUCAGUUUUUUUUAUCGCGCUCUCAAACCGUUUCGUACUUAUCGAUUUUGGUUUUAGUUAAAUUAAAACCAUGUAAAAUUUGAAAAAUCACAACCUCAUACACAAACACCCAUUACAAAAUCCAAUUGAUUUUCGAUUUUCUUGAAACCAAACCUAACUACUGCUUAAAAGUCUUAACGGUUUUGUUAAUUUUCAGUUCUAUUUAACCAAAUUGAACCAAUAUGGCUCAAUUAUCCAGCAGGGAGGUGGUUAUAGGAAAGUAUAUUUCGGUCACUUUUGUAUAAUGUUUGAUAGGAGAAGAGAAAGAAGAAGCAAAAAACAGGACACAUGUGAAGGCUUUUCAAUUCCCAUGCUUGCCUUUGCACUUUACCCAUUUCUCCUUCAGUUCUGUCUCAGAAGAAAGAAAAGUCAUUUUCAAUAUCCCCCAAUUGCAAAUUAUUAAUUAAUAUAUAUUAUUAAAGCGUGAAAGAAAGUUUUCCCAAGUGAUAAUGGCACCACACGUGCAACCUCUGACUACUGACCCAUAUAUUUUUAAAAAAAUAUUUGUCAAACCCUAAAAAGUUCCUUAUUUCACAAUUAUCAGAGCUUAAAAUUUGAUAUAAGGAAAAAAAAACCCCCCGAAAAUUGCUCUUUGUAGAUGAACUGACUAAAACCUGAGUAAUCUUAACUUUUAAUUGGACAUCUAUUUAUCCUCAAACAUUUAUGUAUUUCCUUACUCAAUACAAACAAAUUAAGCAGCAAAUUUUCAUGUGGUCAUAUUAACAUCAUCCAAUAUCUAGAUAUAGGAAAUCAGUACAUUAUUUUAAUUUGAAUUAUAUGUUUUACACGUCUUCGAAGAUAUAAUUUGAAAUUGCUCCACGAAAUAUGUUUUUUAGCAUGAUUUAUACCAUGAUAACUUUCACUCUCGCAUACCUAACUACAAUUUUAACGUCGGUCGAUCGGAUCAUCGAACUCGCAAGAUUUGUAGCAUCUUAACUAUGCCACAUGCCACCCUCUGGAAAGAAAAAACCAAUAGAGAGAAAUAGGUCUG